AUGAAUGCCUUACGCCUCCGCGGCGUUGCGCUCGUCGCCAUAGUUUUGCUGUCGUCGACGGAACUGAGCCCGCGGUCGUGCGCGCUCGCCGCGCCGGCGGGCGUCGUCGCCUACGUCCCGCAGAAGCCGUCGCGCGGCCUCGGCGCCGUCCUCGACUGGGGCCUCGCGAAGAUCGAGCGCGCCUCUGCGUGGAAAUCGCGCGCCAUCGAGCUGGCUCAGCUACGAUUUGUUUCACAGGCGCGCCUUCGACCGGGCCGUCGUCUCGGACCUCAUCUCCACCUUCCUCGGAAAGUGCGACGAAGUACUUGCGAUCAUGUAUCGAAGCGCCCAGGAGAUGAUGUUCUCCUACGAGUCGCUCCGCGACGUGGAGUCGGAACGGCUCAAAGUCUUCGAUGGAGAGUUCAAGGCGGUCACCAAGUUGCGAGCUCAAAUCGACCGCCGCUGCCUCUAUGCGACGGCCGGGGACGAGCGAUCGCUCUGCGUCGACAAGGGCAUCGAAAUUAACAGAAAAGUGAAGGGCCUGCGCGCGCGGCGGGCCAAGGCCGCGUCAGCGGUCGAGCGGUACGACCGCAUGAUCGCCUGGUGCGCGUCGUACAAGAACUGGUUCUGCUGA